CUCAUCUUGGGCUCAGGUAAGAGGGCCAGGGUUGGGAGGCGGCACACCUAGGGGGGGAAGCCGAGAGAGCAGGUCGGAACCAUGGGCCCCACCAGGAAAGCAGGCACCCAGGCAGUGAUCUGGACUACAGGCUGGCUGCUGCUGCUGCUGCCACUGCUGCUUCGAGAAGGAGUGCAGGCCCUGGAGUGUUACAGUUGCGUGCAGAAAGCAGAUGACGGAUGCUCUCCGCAGAAGACCAAGACCGUGAAGUGCCCGCCGGGCGUGGACGUAUGCACCGAGGCCGUAGGGGCGGUGGAGACUAUCCACGGGCAAUUCUCGGUGGCAGUGCGGGGCUGCGGUUCGGGACUGCCCGGCAAGAAUGACCGCGGACUGGACCUUCAUGGGCUUCUGGCCUUCAUCCAGCUGCAGCAGUGCUCCCAGGACCGCUGCAACGCCAAGCUCAACCUCACCUCGAGAGCGCUCAACCCUGCAGGCAAUGAGAGUGCCUACGAGCCCAACGGCGUCGAGUGCUACAGCUGCGUGGGGCUGAGCCGCGAGGCGUGCCAGGGUACGGCGCCACCUGUUGUGAGCUGCUACAACGCCAGCGACCACGGCUACAAGGGCUGUUUCGACGGCAACGUCACAUUGACUGCAGCUAAUGUGACUGUAUCCUUGCCUGUCCGGGGCUGCGUCCAGGAUGAGUUCUGCACCCGGGAUUCGGUGACAGGCCCGGGGUUCAUGCUCAGCGGCUCCUGCUGCCAGGGGUCCCGCUGUAACUCGGACCUCCGCAACAGGACCUACUUCUCUCCUCGAUUCCCGCCCCUUGUCCUGCUGCCCCCUCCUCGGUCCACCACUGCGGCCCCAACCACCUCCGUCACUACCUCUACCCCAGCCCCAACCACCUCUACCUCUACCACCACUACCAAACCCACCCCAGCCCCUACCAGCCAGACUUCUCCACCAGAGGUCAAACCUGAGACUUCCCAGGAAGAGGUGCCAGUGGCUGGAGGUGCCGGUGGCCACCAGGACCGUAGGAAUAUGGGGCAGUACCCUAUAAAAGAUGAGGCCCAUAAUAAAGGCUCUGCAGCUCCAUCGGCAGGGUGGGUUGCUCUUCUGUUGGCUGCGGCUGCUGGCAUCCUACUCUGAGCCUCUCCACCUCUUGUCUUACUUCCUCGGCCCUGGGUCCCCUCUCUUCCCAUUACUCCCUCUCUCACCACUGGACUGGGCUGGCCCAGCCCCUGUUCUCCCAGUCUCCCCCCCUCCGCCCCUGUCCCCAGCUUCUGCUGCACUGGUUUGCGGCUUCGGGAAAUAAAGUCACCAUUGUAUACAUCCUGCCAGGGUGUCCUAGCUUUUUGAGGGCAUCAAUUGCAUCCCCCUCAUCUUUGUCUUUCCUUGGUCUCCUCUCGGUGCCUAGGACAGAGGGAAGUCAGUUGUCCCAGGGAAGGUAGGAGAGACGAUGCUAAGCUUCCUAUUCGCUUUUUCACAGCCAACCUGGAAUAGGAGAGGUGGGCUGACAAAAUGGCUCCGUCCUCUGAAGGCUCUGCCCUCUGCCCCUCCAUCUUUGUGGGAAUCGUUUUGGAGUCUUCUUUUCUAGUUGUGAGCUCCUCAAGGGCAGGGACUGUACCUUAGGCCUCUGUGCGGUCAAUGUCUGGCACAUAAAGGCUUCAAUAAACGUUUACUUUGUAUAGUG